AUUUCACUGUGCCGGGUGCGCAGAUGUGCAGCAGCAACUGCAGCAGCUCAAGUUUGAAGAUCAUAGUCAGGAGGGGGAAAAAGACAAAGAUGCGUCUAUUUUAGGUCGACAGAUUGGAUGUUUGUACUGAGGAAGUCACUCUUUAAGAAGCGCCCCGAAACAAACCUGGAUUUGCGCUCACAACGCCGAAUGAUGAGACACUCAGAGGGCACAGGAAUGUACUGCAAGGGAGGGUAUGAGAAAGUCAUCCUGCUCAUCUUUUACCUCCAGCUGUGGUCCAAGCCGAUGGGUGAAGCAAUUCAUCCGGACUGUGCCAUCAUCGCUCAGCACCUGAGGGCUCAAGAGAUUUGCAGCCAGACGAGAAGGAGCGAGGCGCAAAACCGGAGCGAUCACAGCGGAUGUAAAACAGAAUGGGAUGAGAUUGGAUGCUGGCUUAGGGCCGAAGCUGGGCAAGUUGUCAAUUUAUCCUGCUCUGAGGUCUUCCAGCAUUUCUCCAGCAAUCAAGGGUAUGUUUACAGAAAUUGCACUGCUGAUGGCUGGUCUGAAAUGUAUCCAACUUAUCAAGACGCCUGUCAUUUCAGCGAUGACAGCGAGCCUGAAUCUGAGACAAGUUACCUCCAUACGUUCAGACAGGUCUACACUGUAGGAUACGCCACCUCACUCACCACUCUCCUUACAGCUAUAGUGGUGUUUGCAGGUUUCAGGAAGUUUCGCUGUACCAGAAACUACAUCCACAUCAACCUGUUUUCCUCAUUCGUCUUGAGAGCCAGUGCUGUGUUCAUUAAGGAUGCUGUGCUGUUUGCAGAUGAAACUCUGGACCACUGCUCUGUUUCUACGGCUGGGUGCAAGUCAGCUGUGGCUUUUUUCCAGUUCAGCAUCCUAGCCAAUUACUUUUGGUUGCUGGUGGAGGGCAUGUAUCUGCAGACCCUCCUGGCCCUCACUUUCGUCUCUCAGAGGAAAUACUUCUGGUGGUACAUUCUCAUCGGAUGGGGAUUGCCAUCACUGGUUCUCAUUCUUUGGGUUCUGACCAGAUUUCUCUAUGAUGACAGAGGCUGUUGGGAUGACAAUGACAACGUUGGCAUUUGGUGGAUCAUUAAGGGACCAAUAACAGGCUCUCUGCUGGUCAACAUAGUCAUCUUCAUAAACGUUAUCCGGAUUCUGGUGCAAAAGCUUAAAUCUUCAGCCAUGGCAGGAAACAGCGACACUGGUCACUUCAUGCGGCUGGCUAAAUCAACCCUGUUCCUCAUUCCUCUGUUUGGGAUGCACUACACUGUGUUUGCCUUCCUACCUGAGAACACUGGAGUGGCUGCCAGACUGUACAUCGAGCUGGGCCUGGGAUCCUUUCAGGGAUUUGUUGUGGCACUUCUUUACUGCUUCAUGAAUGGAGAGGUCCAGGCAGAGCUCCGGAAAUGGCUUUGGAGGUGCCACAAUCCAAAUCUCACUCCUGCUAAGAGAGGCAUCACUCAGGUCACAAUUCGAACCCAUGGGGGCUUGGGUUUGCCUUCGUCUAGUGCCAACAUUUCUGCUGUAUAGUCCUUCUUUGUAAAAGGAGAAAAAGAAAAUUCCGAAUGUGAAGAAACAAUAAAAGCGUGGCAUUCCUCUGCUGACAACAAUGACGGCAUAACUUCAACUAUUGUUUUAUAACAUGUGAAAGCACAAGAAAAACAGAGUCUGACCUGUGGAGAUGUCAUGGUGCCAUCGUAAAACAGGAAGCAACAACCGAGACAGAGCUGGCUCUGGACCGAAGAGGAUUUCAGAUGCUUGAGUUUACAGGUUAUACAUAAAUGAAUGAGCUGAUUUGUCUUCACAGCUUUAAUUUUACUCUGUCAUUUUAAUGCUAACUGUAGCAACAGGACCAUCUUCAAUGGUGUGAAGCUCAUUUUCAUUUGGGGCCACAUCAAGAUAAUCUUAAAAUCAUGUACUGUGGCAGAAUGUAUAGCAUUAUUGUGUUGUCUGUAAUCAAUGAGUAGUUCUAAAAAAAAAGAUCAUUCUUAGUAUUCUUUCUCACUGAAGUAAUUUGACACUUUACAAAUA